CCUGAAUUAUGAUAUCGUAUUUUUAUAUUUGAUCACGAGCCCAACCUUGGGAAUGAUUAAUAAAACUUUAUAUUCAGUGAUAUUGAACCUUCCACCAAUAACCAUCCAUCAAGAUGACCCCGCAGCUUCCAACUGCGCGUGUUUGGAAGAGGCCCAACUAUUUCGAAAGGGCAAAUCCUGCCUUUUUGCACUUCCCACAAUAGUGGUAGAAAAAGAAUUGUACUCCUUCCCAAUAACGAUGUCUGUGUAUAAGAAACUACCUCCUGGAGUUCUCCCAGAUGUAAUGCUGAUUGGAAGUGCAACGAUUGAGAUAAAAGACUUGAUGAAUUCGCUGUUGAAUAAGCAAGUCUUCAAGAGUGGAAAUCCAUGUAAAUCCAUGAAGGACACUUUCAAAAUAUCAACAGCGACCGGUCAACUAGUGGGUGACGCCACAAUCUUCAUCCGAACUUCCUGCUACGGUCCAAGAAUCGUCACCCAAUUCCAAGUUCCUCACAAUAAAAGGCCUUACCUGUUUAAAGGAGCGGCACAGAGCCCGAUAUUCCAGUGUAAAAAAAUCCCUUCGAAACACUCACCUCCGGCAUCUCCACGAUGUAGCUGUUCCCCUCGGACUAAACCAGAAGACGAAAGCGGAGAAAGCCCCCGAAGAAGUUGCUGUUCAUCACCAGGCUCACCACCACCACCUCCUCCAACGCCCACAAAUACCUGGGGUGCACCUGACAGAUCGCCAUUCAGACCAUGCUGUCCAACUCUUCAGGGACAAAAAUGCCAAGGCGCACCUUUAUUACCCUCUUCACAGAAAAUUACACGUUCCGCUUCUCCACCAUCGGAUCUCUCAAGGGCAACACGAGCUCCGGGAGGGCAGAAAAAAUGCGGCUGCUCUAAAAACAAUUCACCACUUGUUAAUAAAUAUUAAUUCAGUAGAGUGUCAAUAAAAUUCAAGGAUCCAAUGGAUCCUCGUUGAAAUACCACGGAUUUAAAAGAUGGCAAAGAUUGAUAAAAGACGUAAAAGACUAGAUCAUACCAUCUAACACAACCCAAUUAUUUAAUUAAUAAAAACAUUAAACAACGAGUGGAUGUAAAACCCUGAAAAAAAAGUUUUUUAUCACA